CUUCCUUCAUCACUAAAGCUUGUGUAAAAUGCCUUCUCCUUACGAGAAUCGUGUCGGGAGUUCGCAUCACUGGUAUUGGGUCAAUUGCAGGAGGUCACCAGAAGGAGAAGUCAAGAAGUGAACGCGCCGAAUAAAAGCGAUAACCGAGUUAUUGGAUGCAACUAUAUAUAUGUAAAGGCAAAUAUUAAUGCUUGUUUCGUAGGUUACAACGCAAAAAGCAGCAGUUGAAUUUUUGAAUGAAAUCAUCAAGCGUUUAAUUCCAAAAGAAUAAAUUUCUAAAAUGCAUUCAAGGCUAUGAACACCUUACAUGUUAUUCAUUCUGAAAAGGAUAAAAAAAUGCCACUGUUUGGCAAAAAAGAUCCAAGCAAAAAGAUGAAAAAGGAAAAUAAAGAGAUAUAUAAGCAAACUUCUAUUGAAGAAAAGUAUAACCUCCAUGGAUUACUUGGAACCGGUGCAUUUUCUGAGGUGCGAUUAGCUGAGAGUAAAGAAAAUCCAGGUGAACAUUUUGCGGUUAAAAUAAUAGAUAAGAAGGCUUUAAGAGGAAAGGAGGAAUCACUUGAAAAUGAAAUUCGAGUGCUUAGGCGGUUCAGUGCCAAUGAUCCCGAGAACGGACCGUGCUUAACACACCCGAAUAUUGUACAACUUUUGGAGACCUUUGAAGAUAAAUCCAAAGUGUAUUUGGUAAUGGAAUUAGUAACUGGUGGUGAACUUUUCGAUCGAAUUGUCGAAAAAGGUUCAUAUACCGAAAAAGAUGCUUCAGGCUUGAUACGACAAAUUUUAGAAGCCGUUGACUAUAUGCAUGAGCAAGGCGUUGUCCAUAGGGAUCUAAAGCCAGAGAAUCUGCUUUACUACAGCGCAGAUGAUGGUAGUAAAAUAAUGAUCAGCGAUUUUGGUUUGUCGAAAAUGGAAGACUCUGGUAUAAUGGCUACGGCUUGUGGUACACCUGGCUAUGUAGCACCGGAAGUUUUGGCGCAAAAGCCUUAUGGAAAAGCAGUGGAUGUUUGGAGCAUAGGUGUGAUAUCAUACAUUUUACUUUGCGGGUAUCCGCCGUUUUAUGAUGAGAAUGAUGCCAAUCUGUUUGCACAAAUCUUAAAAGGAGAAUUCGAAUUCGACUCUCCGUAUUGGGAUGAAAUCAGCGAAUCGGCAAAACAUUUUAUACAGAACUUGAUGAGCGUAAAUGUGGACAAACGUUAUACCUGCAAACAAUCAUUAGCACAUCCUUGGAUUUCUGGGAAUGCUGCAAGUAGUAAAAAUAUUCAUGGCACAGUUUCAGAACAACUUAAAAAGAAUUUUGCAAAAUCACGAUGGAAACAAGCCUAUUAUGCUGCGACCGUUAUUAGACAAAUGCAGCGGAUGGCAUUAAGCAGUAACAGUGGAGAUAGCAGUAGUAAGAGCAAUAUAUUACCAUCGGAUAAAACUCUAAAUUGUAGCAGUAGUAGUACAGAUUCUGCACUGGCCGAAAAUGUUAUCGGUAUUAAACUCGAAGGUGCAGUUUUCACAAGUGACGCAAGCAACUUUGGCGCCUGUUCAAAACCGGAACAACUUGUCCCGAUAUCAACUUCCAACAAUUCAUUAUUUGUCAUAGCAAAAACUGAAAACCAGCAAUUGCGAAAUAAGAAAACCAACUCCACGGCAUGUGUAAAUGGCAGUGAACAAAAGAAAUAAGCUUAUUUUAACAAUAUAAAGCGGAAAAUUACAAUUAGACAUAGCGAACUUAAAACCGUUAAAACUUUUUUCUAAAAGAAAUAACUGUAGUUAGUAAUAUUUCACUAUUUGUUACCAAUUCAAGCAUAUUUGGUUAAAAUUUGAGCAAAAGAAUCUGAAUAUUUCCACGAUAUAUAAGGGGAUUAUCAAAAGUUCUGUAAGUUGACCAGAAACAAUAAAAAAAAACUUAUUUUUCUAUUUUUUCGUAA